AACAAACAAAGCCCGUAAAAAGACUGAAUCUUUAAUCACUUAACUAUCAAUGGUGAUCCUGUGAUCGAUCUGAAAAGGCCUCACUUGUUCAAAUUUCCAGCAAUGAAAACCCAUAUCAGAUCUGGGUUUUGGGUACUGAUAGCUCUACUUGUUUGUCUCAGCCUCUCUGUGUAUUCAGUAUCUGCAGUGACUGGUCGACCCAAGAACGUACAGGUUGCUCUUCGGGCCAAGUGGUCUGGUACCCCAAUACUUUUAGAAGCUGGGGAAUUGCUAUCUAAAGAAUGGAAAGACCUUUUCUGGGAGUUCAUUGAGGUUUGGCUUCACAAUGCCAAUGAGGAAAUUGAUUCUUAUACGGCUAAAGGUUGCUUAAAGAAAAUUGUGAAAUAUGGGCAAUCUCUUUUACCCGAAACUUUGGCUUCAGUGUUCGAAUUCUCUCUUACGCUUAGGUCAGCAUCCCCUAGAUUAGUGCUUUACCGACAAUUAGCAGAGGAGUCUCUUUCUUCUUUUCCGCUAACUGAUGAUAUUAACUCCAACAUUAUCACUGGAGAGGUUUCUGAAUCUAAUGAAAACAUAGAAAGCAAAAAGACCAAACCCUUGCCUGUGGGCCUGAACCUGCAAAGUCCUGGUGGAAAGUGUUGUUGGGUGGAUACAGGUGGGGCACUAUUUCUUGAUGUUACAGAGUUGCAACUGUGGCUUCGUAGCCCUAAUGAAUCAGCCGGAGACAUGUUUCAGCAGCCUGAACUUUUCGACUUUGAUCAUGUCCAUUUUGAUUCAAGCAUAGCAGGCCCAGUGGCCAUUUUAUAUGGAGCUCUUGGGAUGGACUGCUUUAGGGAAUUUCAUGUUACCCUGGUGGAAGCAGCCAAAGAGGUCCACUACUUAACACUAAGAGAUAUUCUGUCAUGCAUUACUCUUACUAUCAUGAUUAGAAUAAAGUAA